UCAUAAGCAUAAAUAUAAUUUUUGAUAAUUGUGUGUGUCGCGAAGCGUUAAUGGAACUUUAAUUGAAACUCCAAGAAAGAGACACGAGAGAUUGGGGUAUCUUAAAACCAAAACAAAUCUCUGUGAAUGGCCAGCCAUUCUAAAGGCAAUGCAAUGCGAUUUGAUGUCUUCAUCGUUCCAACAACGAUCGUAAUUACGACUUGAUGGCCACUUUAAACGAAGGGUGGUGGUCUAAGAAAACGACGGGGCAAAGCGGGGAACAUACAUAGUACGUACUGUGGGCCAAUUAGCCAAAGGAGAUCGUUAGCUGUCUGACGAUCAUUAGCCUUAACGAUCUGUACAGCCAAUUGCUUGCCAAUUUAUCUAGUUAAUUAUACGGAUUUUCUAUAGUUAGAACUUCUCGAAUUUGCAUAUAUUUUAUGUUCUUAUUUUUUUUUUUUUUUUUUUUUGAUUUUUAAUUUUAGUUUUAUAUUUCUUAGAGAGUGAUGGUACACCCACUUCUUUAUAGACCAUUAAGCAACUUUGUUGCCGAGUCUUUUCCGCUGUUUCUUUUUUUUUUCUUAUUUUUGUUUGGUUUUCGGUCGGCGGCUAAUUGAAUUUGAUAAAAAGCCAGCGAAUGCUUUUAAUUGACCAAACAUCCAGACACUCACAUAGUGGCCAAUUAUACGUUGAUAACCCAACGGGGCCAGAUAAUGUCCAGCUCUCUUUUGGGUCUUUCGAUUGAGUAAGAGAGCUCUGCACUUCCGCUAGCGGACUUCAAGCCCGUAUUCGUAUCUCUGUCCGGAACUGGUACAGUCUUUACUCCGGCAAUGGAACUCUUCGAAGACCAUUAAAGGCUACUUUUUUUUAUUAUUUUUUAUUUACUAAAAUGUUGAGAAAACCUUUAGGAUGGCCCAUGUAGCGUUUGCUUUUUGAACAAUCGUUAUUUUAGCCUUUGCCCUUUCAAAUGUCAUUGUCAAUGUGUCAGAUAUUUAGUAGAAGGUUUGCGGUUUACGUGAUGAUUAAGUUUAGCCUCGAAGAAAAUUAAGGAAUAUUGAUAUUUUUUUAGUGAUUUUAAAACGCAAAUCUUCCGUGGGCCACCCUAUAUUUAUGAUAUGAUAAUUUACUUAUUAAAAUGCUCUUUUUUUACCGAAUAUAUUUAGUUUGGUAAAAAGCCUAACUUUUCUUCAAACUUUCAUAAAACAGCAUUUUCAAUAUUUUAUUUCUGGCCAAGUCGAAUUUUAACCAACACUUAAACCAGAGUUGUCUAAUUUUAUUCUAAAGUUGACAUUUGGCAAUACAAAAUGGGCAAUUUGUCAGUCGACACCGAGGCAUAAAGUCGAUGCAAGGAAAAUCUAAAACUAAAAAACUGAAAAACUAAAAAGGCGUGUGAAAUUGGAGUUGAAAGUUGAAAAACAAAAACGCUUGUUCUAGAAAGCAAAGCUGCUUAUCUAGCUUAGAUUCCUGGCCAGGCGUAAGAAAGUGGAAGAGGAAAGUUGAAAACUGAAGAACAAAAAAAGAAAAGACGGUAAAAAAAAAAGGUAAAAAGCGAAAUAAACCUAAGAAUUGGUUCCUUAAUCUUCAAGCUCAUCUAGCUUAGAUUCCUGUCCUUUUAUGCGUUCAAGCAACUUCUCUGAGUCCUUCGAAAACCAUGGACUGUGACUCGGACUCUCGUUCUGUGGAAAAUGUUUCUCCAAAAGCAACUACAUCUCGUAACCUGAAAUCCAACUCAAACUCCAAAAGCAGGAGCAGGAGCAAGAGCAGGAGCAAGAGCAGCAGCAAAAGCAGCAGGAAGAGCAGCAGCCGGAGCAGCAACCGUAGCAGCAGCCGGAGCAGCACCUCGUCCAGCAAUUCCUCUAACGCUUCUAUGCGUACGUCGAAAUCCAAAUUCAGGCAAAGCAGCAGCAGUAGCAGCGAGGACGAGGUAAGUUCGACAUCCAGUUCUAGGACUCGCCACAAAUACGAGAAAGUACCGCGACUGCGUAGCGCUGUCCAGCGCAUUCAUGGAACUUGGGAAUCUGAGUCGAACUCCUCCAAUUCCGGGAAUCGUCAAUCCGGGAAGAGUUCAUCAAGGAGCAUUAGUCCACCUCGCAAAACUGCAAGGAAAUCUUCCAGGGACCGUAGUCCUUCCAAGGAGACGGCAAGCCGCAGCCGUUCUUCAUCAACCGAUGUGGAGGAGAAGAAGUCAACUCCAGAAACCUUGAGAUCCCCUAUCAAUCGUAGUCGCAAAUCUUGGAAAUUGCGCAAUCGCAGUGAGACUCAAUCGAGUAACAGUUCCUCUGUAAUUCAUACUCGUUCACCAACCAGAAGCCGCAGUCCCCAUCGUGUUUUGAAUCCACGGAUUGUUAUUCCACCUCGAGAUUCUCCAACGGAUCGAUCGUCAACCAGGUCCCCCAGUCCCUGUCGUACCCGAAGGGAACCAAUCGAUUUGGAGCAAAAUGAAGCCGAGGCUUAUCAGCAAAGCUACCUAAUCACCCUAACAACCUGUGAUUCACGACCCGCUCCAAGGCCAAUAAAAAGCUUCCCAAGCAGCGGAUUCGGUGAAGUCAUAAUCCGUGGUCUAGAACUCAAGGGUUAUAAGGAGCCCACACCUCUCCAAGCCCAAUCUUGGCCGAUCGCCCUAAGCGGCACAAAUUUGGUGAUAGUUUCUGGUACGGGAACCGGAAAAACAUUAAGCUAUCUACUUCCUGGUAUCCUACACAUUAAGGAGAAUAACCAUACUAAAUGCCGCAAUAAGGGUCCCAUUUGUCUGGUUCUGGUGGACUGCCGUGAGGCGGCCAUGUUGGUCUAUAAGGAGGCAAUGGCCUACACUAAUCAUCAUGAUUUUAGAAGCCAUUGCCUCAUGGGCAGUGGCAGAUGGAAUCGCCCCAAUAAUUGCGAAUUACUGGUGGCCACAGCCGGUCGCCUGUUGGAAAUUUUGGAUACCAAUGGUCACGAGGAGGACCUAGAUCGUUGCUCAUAUCUGGUCAUAGACGACAUCGACCGUAUGUUUUACGUAGGCUUGGAGGAUCAGCUAUCUCGUUUGCUCUGCCUUCUGCGUUCUCGCGCCCAGUUGGUUAUCUCUUCGACCACGUGGCCGCGUAGCCUGGAGCGUAUGGCUAACAAGUAUAUGGGUGAUUUCACAAUGAUUAAAAUGGAUUCCGAAAGCGAUUCGAAUGAAAAGAUUAUGAAAAUUCGACAGCGUGUGGAGAUGAUCAAUCCGCGCUUAAAAAAGGAUAAGCUCAGAGAGGAACUGACUGCAAUUUAUGAUUCUAGUGAUUCUCCCGGAAAAAUUAUUGUCUAUGCUGAGCGUCAAAAGAUCGUCAAUGAACUGGUGGGCUUUGUCCGUGACUUUGUACCCUGCGAAGGCAUCCAUGGAGGACUUACUUCAAUCGAUCGUGAUGACGCAAUCCGUGCUUUUCGCGACGGCACCUACAACAUAAUCGUGGCCACCGAGAUGACUUCACGCGGCUUUGAUGUACCGGGCAUUAAGUAUGUGAUCAACUAUGAUUUUCCCAACUCAAUCGAAAGCUAUGCCCAGCGUUUGGCCAGAACUGGUAUCAAUUCGGGCAACCAUAACUGUGAGGUUAUUAGUUUCUUCACCAAGGCAAAUGAAAAACUAGCCAAGAGUUUGGUAGACUUUCUCAAGAAACACAACCAGCACAUUGAGCCAGAUCUCCUCGUUUUGGCUGAAGAAAAGAUUAUUAGCCAGCGCUCUCGCAAUCGCAACCGUCAGCGCCAGCGCCGUCGCAAUCGACUCCGUCAACGCUUUUAGAGCCAUUUAAGUCAUAAAAACCAAAACCAUUGGGCUAACAUCUUGACGAGGAAAAUGCAACCCCAACCAUCUCUUAUAAAAAUACUGUGUUGACCCAAUAAAACUCUUAUCGAUUUCCUUGGCCAAUGCAUACCACCAAAUGGGGGUAGAGUUUUUGGGAGUCAAGGGGAGGUAGUAGGGUAAGGAGGGUGACUGACGUAUGGGGGGCAGCAAUUGCACGUUCCCGAAGAAAGUUGUGCAUCCAGAGCGGUAACGACGUGACGUUAUGCCAGCGAAGAGCAGAAAAGAAAUGCACGGCCAACAACCCAUCAAUAUUCAAAUAAUGUCGACUCAAAAGGUAUACACUUUUAACUUGAAUCACGAUAUUUAUAUAGUAUAUAUAACAUUUAUUUAUCAGCUUACAUGACACAUAGAACAUAAACUUAAAGAAUUUAUUACUUUUGAGACUUGAAUUUAUUAGUUUACCAAUGCAGAAAUACCGCAAUCAUUAGGGAUAUAUAUUGCUUUUUAUCAAUAAUAGUUCAGUAAAUUAGAAAAUACUGCGAGUUGAUCUCGUACCGAAUCAAAUCAUUUGGCUUCUGUCGCCGAUUUGCCGGUUCGCCUACCAAGUCCAUUUCUGACAUAUAUGGGUCAAUAUUAUCUAUAAGGCCCCCCCUCCCCUGACCAACCCGCUGGCCCAUUGAUUGGCGGAGUUAUUUAGUUGUUUGCGCCAAAAGCAAAUGGAAAUGAAUCAAAAUUCAUUAGAGGUGAAUUUAUUGUGUUGGCCAUUUGAUUUCAGUCUCAGCCCAGAUCAAAUAUCUGGCCAAUCGAUCGGGUGGGCCGCGUUCGUUUUUGCCUGAUUGGGGUGUGAAGGGGUUGUACUCGUACAUAUAUAUCGCGACUAUAUCACCGAUAGAUAUCACAGGUGGCUUGGCUUGCAGCUGAGUUUUGUUAACAAAAAAAAAUAAAAAAAAUCGAAAACCUAAAAAAAAAGGGGGCGGCAGGCCGUGUCUAAUCCGAUUUUGACUUUAUUAACGGUGCAAUUUGUACCGACAACUGCCAGACGGGAACCAACUGGCAAUCCGAAACUCUUAACUCUUUUAACUCCGAACUCCCGGAGACUGCGAGCCAAAGACCCCUAGCGAUUAUUAUUUAUGGCCGCUAGUGUUAACCCCACAACCACCCCUCCCGCCCCUCCAUAAAUUGUAUGCUAAUCGCUUGGACCCCAAGACAUUGGCAGCUGUCCCAAGUGAAACUGGACAUGGGGGACAUGGUACCUCGAGACCUGGACUUGGACCUGGAGCCUGCUACACACUCGAUUGUUUUCCUUUGGUUACUAUGAGUGUGCCUGAUUUAUGGAGUGUCGCUGACUAAUUUGAGAUCUUUGCAAAAGGGGUGUGAGUGACUGCAGUUUGCUGUUUGCAGUUUACAGUUUGCGAAUUUUCCCAACUGCGAAAUGACCAUUCUAGGGAUGGAAGAAAAGCGUGACCGGCACAAGCCACAAAAUCACUCACGAUUGUAACUGCACUGUUUCCAAAUUUAGAACCGCAAAGGUCAGCGAUGAGGGGGCGGAGUUGGUUUGAUGGAGCCCAAAAAAGGCAAUCAAUAUAACAAUCGAUCGAUUUCGUUGAGUCAUCGCGGAAACUUAAGAUUGCUAAAAAAAAAAAGAAACUAUUUCUAAAAAUGGAAGUUAACAUUAAACGGGAUAUGAUUGGUUUACAUUUAUAAGAAAUUACUGUCAAUUAUUAUCUGAUUAUUAAGAAGAAUAUUAGAAUUUUAGACAAUGCAAAUUAAAUAUCCAUCUAAGGUCUUAUUAGUAAACAUGUUAUUUCUGAUGACUAUAACGCUUCCUCGUCUUUUCCCCUGAUCUGGUCAAGCUUAUUGGGCUUUCACCUGACUCGAAAAUAAGAAUAAAGACCGUUGCAACGAUGGCACGUAGGUCAUUCACUCGACUUGUAUCCGCCGGAUCUGCACUUCAAAGACAAGGCCGCCAGGCGGUCUAAAACCACCCACUCCCUUCUCAGGUGAUUCCCACGCACGGGAUGCGUGAGUGAUGGCAACUGUCAACUUCUGUCAGUGCAAAAAAAAAAAAAAAAAAAAAAACGAAACCAAAACCAAAACCAAAACAAAUCCAUAACCGAAACCGAAACAAAAGAAACACACUACUUUUGCCAGCACAAAUAUUGUGAAUUGAAAAGCCAAAUAUGAAAAGCAAACACAGUUUGUUGUCGUGUUGUCAGCGACGUCAAUGUGCCAAGUCCAAAAGCCUUAAAACUCCAAUAGCCCAAACCCCAAGUCGCUUCGAGAUCUUGCAGUCACGUUUGCUUAAUAAAAUUAAUAUUUACAUAUGUUCCGUAUUUACACACACACACACACACACAUACAUAACCAUAAUGCUGCCCCCACCGAAAGUGGACAAAUAGCCAAAUAGACCGGCAUGGCCAGGCAAUUUGCACGAUCCGCGUGGUAGAUAUCCCCUCGAGUCCCGAAUACGGUCCCCUCUGGAGUCUCCAAUCUACCAUUUCUAUCCGCAGCACGCACCAUAAUUCGUCCGUGAUGAUCUCUGUAUACGUUAAAGGGGCUUUCGUGAUCCGACAUCCGUGAUCCAUUGGAGAAAACGAGGCGGUCAAUGCGGUAACCGGGUGACUCACUCAUUGCCAAAUGUCGAUAAGGAUCUUGGCCAAAACGGAAGCACAGCGAUCGUGAGCCAAUCGAGGAGAGAUUUUCCAAUGGAUAUCGCUCAAUUUUGCCUCAAAUUGAAUAUUAUAAUGUAAUCUUGUCUUCUAUGUUAAAGGUCCUUGAUCAGGAUCGUUUGUUAAUAUUUAACUUUUCCAAGAUAAGGAUCAAGUUUUGAUUUAGAAUUCGUAGAUUUUAAGACUGCUCUAGUAAUAAGACUUCAAAUUAGAAUCAUUCAAGAUUAGCUCAGCCUAAUCAGUUGACUAAUGGAUCAUAUUGGCAAACAAGAAACCCGUAAUGCUUUUCUCGUGUCUCUCUGGUCUGGUCUGGAUUUGGGCAAUUCGAAACAGGAAACACACCAAAUCGGACAAAUUGGACAAGCGCGACAAACAGAUCUCGACAUUUGUGGCUUGUUCUGAGUCGGACUUGGUUUUAAGUUUUCAGUUUUUUUUUUCGGUUUUUCUGUUUCUAUUUCUGUAUCUCGGUAUCUCUCUCCAUCUGUAAAUCCAUCUGUAUCUGUAUAUCUGGAUCUUAUUUUUUCAUUUUUCAUGCAACUAGUCAGCAGCCAGUGGUGUGUAUUUUGUCAGAGUCUCGCUCUCACUUUGGGGUUAGAGACUCUUGGCUCGCACAUAGAUUGGCUUUAAUUUGGCCAGAGUCUAAAUUCAAGUUUAUAACUAAAUAUGCGCCAAGUAGGUACAGAUCAUUGUGGGAGGGGUCGCGAGGGGUUCUUGCUAUAGCCAUAGCUCUAGCUAACCUCGAUUGCGUUUGCCACAUUUUUAACAACUUCACCCACAUUCAAAAUUCGUUUUGGCUUUGGCCGACAACACAAGCAUAAAACCAGUUCGGUUUGGUUUGGUUUUCUGUUUUUGUUU